AUGGCGCAUCCUGCGGUCUCGUCGGCGGCGCAAGUGGACGCUGUCGCUGCCCGCGCACGGCCUUACGCGCUAUUGGCAGCGGGAGAUGCCGAAGGAGCGCACGCGCCAUCGAACGCGGUGUCGCUGCUAGCGGUCGCGCAGUCGCAGCUCGAGGGAAACGUCUGGAACGGUCAGGUGACGCUGUACAAGGCGUCGCGUCCGUACGAUCCGGUGUGCGAGCUGCAGCUGGCCACGGGCGUGGGGGCAAUGGACUGGUGUGGUGCACAUCAAGACACACUGGUGCUGGGCUGUGACGACGGCGACGUGCGGCUGGCGAAAGUGGCCCAAGCCGAUGGGACGUCGUGGACGUUCGAGCCAGUGAUUGGCGCGACGAGUGACUGGACGGGGGACGACGGAGCAGCAGCUGUGACCUCGUUGUCGACCGGACGCAGCCAUGACGAUGUGGUGACAGGCGUGAGCGUCUCUUGUGUGACAGAGACGCUGCUGGCGACGUGCAGUUGGGACCUGACACUGAAGCUGUGGGAUAUUGGAGCGACGGACGAGACAAUCUCGACGCUCGAAGGCCACACGGACUUGAUUUGGGACGUGGCUACGCACCCGACGUAUGCGUCUCUACUAUGUUCGGCAUCGCAGGACAUGACGGUGCAGGUGUGGGACGCACGUCGUCCUUACAGCGCAGCGUUGGCGGUAUCGACGCUUCAUCCUGCGCUGUCGGUGGACUGGCAUCCGACGCAGUCCACAGUCUUCUCGGUUGGUCUGGAAGACGGUAGCGUGUGUACUUUUGACGUACGCUCGCCGCACACGCCGCUGGCUCGACGAGAGACGCACAAAGCAGCCGUGCAUGUUGUAAAGUACUCGCCGUACCAUGAGGACCUGUUGGCGACCGGGGGCGACGACGGCAAGGCUUUCGUGACGUCGGACGGCUUCUCGCCCGACCGAACUGCAAGCAGAGAACUGUGUGUUGGUGAGGAGGGACGUGCGCCGCAUCGAGACUACGUUCGUGCGCUGGCUUGGUUCGAGUCGACGCCCGUGUCGCCUGUCUCUGAUGCCAUGAAGCUCGACCCGAUGCUUGCCACGGGUUCAUGGGACAAGAGUGUGCACACGUGGAGCGCUGCCGAGUACACGGACUCUGCUGUUGCAGCCAAUCUACGACCAUCGCCCGCGUCUUUGGAAGCAACGACGACAGCAGGUCGACUGGAAGUACCCGUCGCGUAA